AUGACCAGCACAGAAGCUUAUACUCCCACCAAGGAGGAUCUGCAUAAUAUUAUCUUACUUCUUCAUAACAAUGGUGUAGAGGUGAGUAACCCCAAAGAUGCGUAUGAGCAGCUCAAGGCUUACGAAGGAAACCCAUUCUUUUGCAUUCUCCUGGCCACAAUUUUUGAGUCCGAUCGAUGCCCGCUUCCGGACCUUCAACUGUCGGUUCCGUGGAGUCUCUAUCGCCAAAUAGCCGGCAUCACGUUAAAAAAUAACUUAUCGGCGGCCCAGCACACCUUGGGGGAGGUCGUUAUCAAGGCGGCUGGACGUUGUGCUCUGCACACGUUAUGCAAUUCAACGGAUGCCAACACCGCGCGCGCUGCCGCGCAAAUUGUGGUGAAGGUUACAGUGCUUGCCUCCAUUGACUGGUGGACGACAACGGGGUUGGGUAACCUGGCAAAUAUCCUCUUAGGAGACCUUCUUCCCGCCGGUGGAAUCAAAACCUUGUCCGGACUCUACGCCUUGCAGUAUUUGAUGGAGGACCUACCUAAACAGAUUGGUGAAUCGAGCAAAAUGAUCAUCGAGUCGGUAUCGCACUUGGCAGUAAUGCCGACGGUGUCGCCUGAAUUAUGCAAAGCAGCGUUCCGUAUGUGCUUCAAUAUUUAUGAGCAAUCCUCUACCUUAGAAUGGAAUGUUGAUACCUUGUCGCCCCUGCAAAAUGGUCUCGUUUUAGGAAGCUGGGAAUUCAUUAACACGUGUACAUUUCUAAUAGAGCAAAAUGCUUACGGCGAUGACGCUUUGUUUAUCACCGUUUUUCGUUCUUGCGCACUUAUGUUGGAUUACUUUAGCUACCUCCCUCAACGUUCACCAGAGGAUAAAGCUCGAAUGGAACUUUCUUGGGUGAUGCGAACUCUCCAUAUCAUCUCAAGCGAACUCGAUAAUCAUAAUUACGAUGAACGUCGUUCCGCUGCGAUCGAUCUGAUAACAGGUAUCUUAGAAAUUUACAACGCGUCUGCCAGUGAGGGAGAGGGGGCUUUUUUGGUUAAUCCUUUUCUACAAAGUAACAACAUCCGGUUGCUGGUGCAGUCAGUGGUGCAUUUUUCUCGUAUGUCUGAGGACGAGGUUACGACUAUCAUGGAAUCCGAUGACUACCGUACGCCGGAUACGGCAGCAAAAGCCUUAUGCACGAGCAUGAGUGAAAAUAUGGCUGGCCACAAAGAUCUUAUACAGGACGACUUGUUGGACGAAGGCGAGGCGGCUAUGAGCCUGCGUCGCUCGGCUCUCCGCUGUAUUAAUGCACUCUGCUCUUUCUCAACCGAUGGAACCUUCGCUGUGGUGAUAGAGCAUAUCAAAGAGCUCUGGGGGAGGCCCACGUGGAAGGAAAGGGAAGCUGGCAUUGUAUUGCUCGGGACCAUCGCCUCAGAGUGUGCGGUGCAGUUGAAAGAUUCCCUGGAUGCUAUCAUCAAUCAGCUUGUUCAGUUCAUCAACAACGUCAACGAGCACGUUUGCGUCUCAAGCAUCGCCAUCUGGACCUUCUCUCGACUGAUUGAGGCAAUCGUGACAGGCGCCCCGCAGUUCCUUGACGUCGGUAUCACCGCUAUCAUCAGCCGUAUGCAGAGUACCAGCAGGAGAAUCCAGUUUUCUAGUGUCUCUGCUGUUAAAACCAUAUAUAUAGAGCUCCAAAACUUUAGCAUGAGUGAUAAAAUUCUCUCACACAUGACUGAACUACUCUUGGCUUUGAACGCCUGUCUUACCGUAUACAGUUCCACAAAUUUAACAGUGUUAAUAGAUAUAUAUAUCUUAGUUAUGCAAGACCUCAGCGAUAGAGCUGGUACUGCAGGUGAUUUUUCUCAGUUAGAUCAGCUUGGUUUGUUACUUAAUCAAGAAUCUGGUUCACGUGGUAGACUUUUUCAGGAAACGUAUACUAGCUACUACAUCAACGCGGUCCCGAAUGUGCUUCUGAACAAGGAUGUCUUCUUGCUGCAUCGGGGGAUUAUACAUUUCUUAUCAUUUCGACUAAACCAAGUCCUCGUACUUGACAACCUAAAGCUGUGGUGCGAUCUGCUUCAUGAUAUUGUGGCGCGCGACAUCCACGACGAUGUCGACUUUCUUUACGGCACCAUCAGCCUUUGCUGUGGGUACUUAAGUCUAAUUCCAACAUCCCUCAUGCAGCAAUGGGCCAUUGCCAACUCAAAUGUACUCACCAUAUCUAUCAUAAAUUUACUGCACAAAAAGACAAGCUGGCUAGUACAAGUGGCAUCCGCCUACUUUCUGGAGCUGCUGGUUCGAGUUCUGGGGAGUCUGGUACUGCCGGCGGAAUCGGUGGAGCCUUUACUGACAUUUAUAACCAAACUCUCUGUUGAAGAAGACAGCGCCCCACUCCGGAUGCAAUUCCUAAAGCUAGCUGCUCAGCUCCUGAUAACUUUCAAGUCAUCCCUCGACACUCGCCUUGUGACCUCCGUCCUCUACUCCUUCAACAAUCAGGUCCUACGUUGCGACGUCUUUGGCGACACCCAUAACCUUUACGUUCAAAUGGCCUACACCCUUUGCAAGUUAUUUGAUUCCUUUUCAUCCCUUGCGGAGAGUUUCAGCGUUGACACGCUCUGUGCGCUGAUGACACAGGCCCCGAACAACUUCGAGAAGUCCGAGGCGACUGUUCACCUCUGCAAGGCCGUGAGGGCAACCCCCCCUGCCGUGGCGGUGGGCUACAUCCGGGGGGUGGUGGACUUCCUUAUUGGCUAUCAGAACUUCCUGGGGGAGUUCCACGACGCAGAAGUGGAGGCAGCGGGACUGCUCGCUUAUUUCGAAAGCAACUGCAGAGAUGAGCUGAGGAGGUGCAUAGCGCUUUACCCCAAGGUACAUCUUCCUUCCCUAUUCGCUAGUUACGCGUGA